AUGUCUGAUCCUCUCUCUUCCUCCCACCAACACCCUCCGCCCGCCCACACCUCUCACCCAGACCCCAAGUUCGCCGAAAGCACUUCGGACCCUGCUGCGAUUGCUACGGCCUCUCACCCACCAGCUUCCGCUCCGGACCCCACCACCGCCUCCUCCUCCUCCUCUCACCCCAACAUCAACCCACCUCAAGGCGCCUCUGCCAGCUCUCUCCACGACAAUGCCGCCCAAGGAGGACUCACCACCACCGCUCCCUCCGGUCCCGCCCAACUCGCCAGUCUUAAAGUAAAGCUGCAGAACGGCCUGCGACAGUUCCCCGACUUCCCCGAGCCUGGCAUCCUGUUCGAGGAUAUCAUGCCGCUGUUCGCCAACCACGAGCUGCAUUCCGACCUCAUCGCCGCGCUCGAGCUCCAGAUUGCCGAGCGCUUCGGCGUGAAGACGGGCCAGAAGAGCGAGAUUGACGUUGUCGUGGGACUGGAGAGCAGAGGAUUCUUGUUUGGACCGACAUUGGCGUUGAGGCUGGGUGCGGGAUUUGUGCCGGUCAGAAAGAAGGGCAAGCUGCCGGGAGAGUGCGUUACGGAAACAUAUCAGAAGGAGUAUGGCGAGGAUGUCUUUCAGAUGCAGAGCGAUGCGAUCAAGCCGGGACAGAAGGUGGUGAUUGUGGACGAUAUCAUUGCGACGGGUGAGUCAUUCAGCACGAGCUCGUGUGAUGUUGGAGUAGCAGGCUAACAGAACAACUGCAGGCGGCACAGCACAAGCAGCCGGCAACCUCGUCCAGAAACUCGGCGGGCACCUUCUCGGAUACGUUUUCAUGAUGGAGCUGGAUUUCCUCAAGGGCAGGGAUAAGCUCAACGCUCCGGUGCACACCCUCUUCGGUGGUCAGGCCAAGUGA